AUGCGAAUGAUUCACGGGGGAAAGAUGGUCGCGAGUACCCGUGUACAGAAGCUCCUCAGACGGUACAAACUCGUAAUCGCUGCCGGUUUAACGAUCUUGCUGGUCCAGGGGCUGGUGGUAUGGAGCCUGCGGAGUCUGGAGGAAGGAGAGGCCGAGCGGAAGCACAGACGCUCAAAGUUACCCGACCAUAAUGGGCCGGAGCAGAAUCUGGACCCUGCCAUCUUUGACUCUGGAGCAAACCACGGUCAAUGGAGGCUUCGCCAGGACCAGCCCGCGGUCACCGCUAUCAUCAGGAGAGGGUCCAGACGGAGAAACAAGCCCUCUUUGAAGGACAGGAGUUUUGGCGGGCCUGAAGAUGGAGUGGUGGUCGAAAAAGUUGCUCAUUACGAUCCCUCGAGCAGCCGUAACUUCAGCGAGACGCGGGCAGGGGAAACGGCCAAAAUCCAUCUGGUGGCCCCGGGAGAGCCUGGCAGCGUUGAAGGUGCUCCUCAGGUCCCGAGCAGUGACUUUGUGCCCAAAUGUGAGAUCUCAGGCAAGGACGCCCUGUCUGCCCUCCACCGUGCGGGUUCGCGGCAGUGCAGACAGGAGAUUGCCAACAUCGUGUGCCAACAUCAAGCAGGACAGCUCAUGCCUCAGUCUCUGCCUCAGUUUUGCCCACAGCAUGUGAUCUCAAGUGCCGUCCAGCAUGUGGAUUUUGCUGACGCUGACCUCUCCAAGGUGGAGAACCCAGUCAGGGUGGUUUUUGUGCUGGUGGUUCACGGACGAGCAGUUCGACAGUUGAAGCGCCUCCUCAAAGCCAUCUAUCACAAGGACCACUUUUAUUACAUCCACGUGGACAAGCGCUCCAACUACAUGCAUCGGGAGGUGUUGAAGAUGGCGGAGCUCUACCCCAAUGUGAGGGCCACACCCUGGCGCAUGGUGACCAUCUGGGGUGGAGCCAGUCUGCUGAAGGCCUACCUGCGCAGCAUGCAUGAUCUGCUGUCCAUGCUGGACUGGAAGUGGGACUUCUUUAUCAACCUCAGUGCCACCGACUUCCCCACAAGGACCAACGAUGAGCUGGUGGCUUUUCUCUCCCAGAACCGUGACAAGAACUUCCUCAAGUCUCACGGCAGAGAGAACGCAAGGUUCAUUAAGAAGCAGGGUCUGGACCGCCUGUUUCACGAGUGUGACAACCACAUGUGGCGUCUGGGCGAGCGCACCAUCCCAGAGGGACUGGAGGUGUCAGGAGGCUCGGACUGGUUUUCUCUCACACGGAAGUUUGUGGAGUAUGUGGUGAACUCGCAGGAUGAGCUGGUGACAGGACUCAAGCAGUUCUACACCUACGCCCUUCUGCCUGCUGAGUCAUUCUUUCACACGGUGUUGGGAAACAGCCACAUGUGUGAUACUUUGGUGGACAACAAUCUGCGCGUGACCAACUGGAACCGGAAGUUGGGGUGCAAGUGUCAGUAUAAGCACAUAGUGGACUGGUGCGGCUGUUCACCAAAUGACUUCAAACCCUCAGACCUCAUCAGAAUACAGCAACUAACUCGGCCCACAUUCUUCGCCCGUAAGUUUGAGUCUACAGUGAACCAGGAGGCUAUCGAGAUCCUGGACAAUCAUCUGUAUGGGCAGUACCCUCUUGGCACAGUGGCACUGAAAGCGUACUGGGAAAGCCUGUUUGAGCAGGCGGAUGGGGUCUCGUCCCUCAAUGAUGUGGCCCUAACAGCGUACUCCUCCUUCUUUAGACUGGGCCUCCGUAGGCAAGAGACCUCUCAAAGCAGUUCUGAGGCCUGCAGAUUUGAACCCAUUGGUUACCCCGUCUCAGUGCACCUGUAUUUUUAUGAUGACCGUUUCCAAGGUUACCUAGUCAGGCAGGAGGUGCAGAAUAUGGUGACCAGGUCCCGUGAGAUGCUGGAGGUGUGGGCUGUUCCUCAAGCAACCCUGCAGCUGGAACACAACCUUCAUGAGUUUGAGCGCCUCAAACACCUCGAGGUCGGAACUGAAUGGGACCCCAAGGAACGAAUCUUCCGCAACUUUGGUGGUGUGAUGGGACCUCUAGACGAGCCGGUGGCCGUUCAGAAGUGGGCCCGUGGACCCAACCUGACAGCCACUAUAGUGUGGAUUGACCCAGCGCACAUAGUAGCAGCGUCCUACGACAUCAGCAUAGAUGUAGAAGCAGAAUACACGCAAUACAAGCCACCCCUUCAGCGCCCCCUCAGACCUGGAGUGUGGACAGUGCGGGUGCUGCGGUUGUGGGAGCGUGUAGCAGAAGCACGAUUUCUGGUCAUGCCUCUGGCCUUCAAGGGACGCGAGCCGCUGCGCACAGAAGACCACGGCUGGGUGCACGCAGGUCCUCCCGGUAAUGUAUACCUGGAACAAAGCUUCCAGCAGCUCGCCCAUGUGUUAAAGCUGCCGCCCAGUGAGCCGGCCCUGCAGGAGGCACAGAGGAAGACCUCGCUGGUAGGGAAACCACUGGAGGCUUGGGUCGACAGCUCUGUGGGUGCUUUCUGGGUCACUGGAGAUACUUGCUCCGAGCACACCUCCUCCUGUCCCACAAUAGGACUCUGCUCUAAAACCUCCUGGAGCUCCUUGUCCCCCGACCCCAAAUCAGAAAUGGCGCCUGUCAAAACUAACGGUCGCAUUAGGUAGCCUCGCAAGCUCAGAAAAACUGAAAAUCAGUGAUGUUUACGAGUGGUGGUCUUCAGGACCAUCCUAUUACUAGUCAAAGCACCUCCUGUUGAGGUCGGGAACUAGUCGAGCGCGGGUCUGUGAGAGGAAACGUUUAAUUUUUGCACACGAAGACUGUCAGACGUGCACAUGUACGAGUCUUGCUUAUGUUCAGAUAAACACGUUGUUACAAGAGUCUUAUUAGCACAUAGUUUACGGUGUGGGUUUCUAAUACGAAGACCCAACAAUUUUACACUUUCUUUGUUACGAUGAAAAACGUCAACAACAACAAAACAAAAUGCACAUUAUUUUCCUCUGGCCAAAAUUGGUAUUUGCGGAGGCUGUUUGGAGGUAAGUUGCUGGAGUCCUCUGGCUGUGUCGCUAUGCUUAUUUUGAAGCAUUAAUAUCAGCAGAUUUGAAGUGCACUUUACUGUAAGACGGAGCUCCUUCUUGAUUGGCUGAAUCCAGGCAGGAGGCGGAGCUUGUAAGAUCAUCAUGCAAGUCCGCUGGUGGAUCUUGAGUUUCAGAUGCUGCAUGGAGCCAUCGUUCGCAUCGACGAAACAAACACUAGCGAAAGCCGUCCAACAGGGAUCGACAGUCUGCGUUUUUGUAAUACUGUGACUCUUCGUCUUCAUGUUGAAUGUCCUUUUGAGUUGAAAACCACCUCAUCUCCUUCGUCCGUUACUGCAAAGUUUGCUCGCAGAUUGCAAAAGUCUGAGACUGCCUGAGCUGACCCUGCUGAAGAUCAGUCUGUGAUCUAGCGCUCGUUCAUACACUUUUAUACCACGUUACAGUAUUUCACACCUAAUUCUGGUCUUCCAGAAUCCUUAUUUUAUUUACUUUAUUUUUAACUGUAGUUGGUGUCGAGCGAAACAGAAGCUGGAGGAUUGAGUUACACUAGCUGUAGCAGUACAUUAAAGGAAUAUUUCACCCAAAACAUGACAAGCACCUGUACGUCAGUCAUUCAGUUGAACAAUAGUAACGUGAAAAGGUUUUGACCCCUAAUGAAAUUUCAAUAUUUAUAUAUCAGGAUAUAUAAAGAAGGAUCUGAUCAGGGCUGUAGUUUGUGAGGGGAAAUAGAGGGUAGGCAACUCCCC